UACACAUGUAUUUUCUCAGGCUGAAUGAGAUGGCGUGAUGUUUCUGCAUCAGGAUUUCUCAGCUGUAAAUCUCUAGUUGCUGUGACGUGUCUCUCUCAGGACAUGUUAGGAGAUCCGAGCUUCGCUCUGCCGUACUGGGACUUCGUCAUCGGCGGCAGCGAGUGCGACAUCUGCACAGACGAUCUGAUGGGCGCCCGCAGCUCCUUCGACAGCAGCUCCAUCAGCUCCAACUCCGUCUUCUCACGCUGGAGGGUCAUCUGUGAGAGCGUGGACGAGUACGACACGCUGGGGACCAUCUGCAAUAGUUCGGAGAGCAGUCCCAUCCGCAGAAACCCCGCCGGUAACGUGGCCCGUCCCAUGGUGCAGCGGCUGCCCGAGCCUCAGGACGUGGUGGCGUGUUUGGAGCUGACCGCCUUCGACUCUCCGCCCUUCUACUCCACCUCCUCCGACAGCUUCAGGAACUCCAUCGAGGGUUACAGCGCUCCUCAGGGGAACUACGACCCCGCGGUCCGCAGCCUGCACAACCUGGCGCACCUGUUCCUGAAUGGGACGGGCGGACAGACGCACCUGUCGCCCAACGACCCCAUAUUCGUGCUGCUGCACACCUUCACCGACGCCGUGUUUGACGAGUGGCUGCGCAGACACGCUCCUGAUGCUUCCAUCUACCCGCUGGAAAACACGCCCAUUGGACACAACCGAGAGUUCAACAUGGUGCCCUUCUGGCCACCGGUGACCAAUGCAGAGAUGUUCGUGACGGCGGCCGAAAACCUGGGAUACUCCUAUGAAGCCGAGUGGCCCGCUCGUCCACUCACACCGACGCAGAUCGUCACCGUUGCCGUGGUUACUGCACUCAUCGUCGUGGCGAUUAUCUUCGCCGCCAGCACGUGUGCGGUUCGUUCGCGCGCGUACAGGACUGAGGGACGGCAGCCGUUGCUAGGAGACCAGUAUCAGCGCUAUGACGACCACGACAGAACACAGUCUGUCGUAUAAACACUUAUACAGCAUAACAACCUGUAAUAUUAUCAUAAACACUUAUACAGCAUAACAACCUGUAAUAUUAUCAUAAACACUUAUACAGCAUAACGACCUGUAAUAUUAUCAUGCACCUUUCUGAGUGACGGGUACAAACAGGUGCUUUUUUGACUAUCACAUACAGUAUAUUGUCCCCUAAUAACACUGAAAUAGAAAUAGAGUUUGACCAUCAGUAUCUCAUUACAGCUGUUU